UGCUGUCAAUCACAUCGAUACUAUAAAAACGUUGGUGUCAAUCGUUCAUAUGUCACUCUCUCCCAAGAAAGCAAGAAAUAGCAAGCUCUCUGUCCCUCCAAUCAGUUUCAGAAAGGGUAGCUUGAUUCUCAUACGAUAUCUUGAAUAUUAGUUUUGGAAGAUCGAUCAUGAGUAGCGGAGGAAGGAGAGGAGGCGGUGAUGAUGAGUCGGAAGAUGAAGGAUAUGAGGUUGAGGAGCUUCGAGACUCCGGCAAACUGUCGUGGAAGAGGCAUUUGGCGUUGUUUAGAAGAGAGUUGAGUUUUGGGAGUGGGCUUGGAAGAGACGCCGGUCGGACUGGAAGCAGAUGGGAUCGGUUUAUCAUUCAUCCCGAUAAGUGGUGGUACGUGGUGUGGACGCAUUUCAUUUUGCUAUGGGCGGUCUACUCCUCUUUCUUCACGCCCCUGGAGUUCGGCUUCUUUCGGGGACUCCCUGAGAACCUCUUCCUCCUCGACAUCGCCGGCCAAUUCGCUUUCCUCAUCGACAUUGUCAUCCGCUUCUUUGUCGCCUAUCGCGACACCCACUCCUACCGCAUGGUCUACGACCGCAAUCUCAUCGCCCUUCGGUACUUGAAGUCUCGGUUCUUUGUUGAUUUACUGGGUUGUUUCCCCUGGGAUGCUAUCUACAAGGCAUCUGGUAGAAAAGAGCCAGUCAGGUACCUGUUGUGGAUUAGGCUAAGUCGAGCACUUAGAGUAACUGAGUUUUUUGAGAAGUUGGAGAAAGAUAUCCGGCUAAAUUACCUCACUACAAGAAUUGCAAAUCUUUUUGUUGUUGAACUCUAUUGCACACAUACGGCUGCCUGCAUCUUUUACUAUCUUGCUACCACUUUGCCUGCCUCCGAGGAAGGUUACACAUGGAUAGGAAGUUUGAAGAUGGGUGACUACAGCUAUUCACACUUUAGAGAGAUUGAUCUUUGGAAGCGUUAUGUAACAUCUCUCUAUUUUGCCAUUGUUACCAUGGCGACUGUUGGUUAUGGAGAAAUACAUGCAGUCAAUGUUAGGGAAAUGAUAUUCAUUAUGAUUUAUGUAUCAUUUGACAUGAUUCUUGGUGCUUAUCUGCUUGGUAACAUGGCAGCAUUGGUAGUAAAAGGAUCAAAGACAGAACAGUUUAGGGAUAAAAUGGCAGACCUUAUCAAAUAUAUGAAUAAACACAAGCUUGAUAGACAAACAAGUAAGGAGAUCAAAGGUCAUCUACGGUUACAAUAUGAGCGUAGCAACACCGAAGUUGCUUUACUUCAGGAUGUUCCAGCCUCUAUUCGGACUAAGAUUUCACAAAACUUAUAUGAGCCAUUUAUUAGAGAAGCUUCUAUAUUCAAAGGGUGCUCUUUGGGUUUUAUCAAGCAAAUUGCAAUCAAAGUCCAUGAAGAGUUUUUUCUCCCAGGGGAAGUGAUUAUAGAACAGGGAAACGUAAUAGAUCAACUUUAUAUAAUAUGUCAUGGCGAAGUGGAGGAGAUAGGAAUGGUGGAAGAUGAUGAAACAAAAGAAUAUCUUAUGCGUUUGCAAGCACAUUGCUCAUUUGGCGAGGUCUCUUUUCUUUGUAAUACUCCUCAGACUUGUACAGUUCGAGUUCGAGAACUAUCUAGAGUCUUGCGACUUGAUAAACAAUGUUUUAAAGAAAUCUUGGAGAUAUGUUUUUUUGAUGGACGGAUAAUUGUGAACAACCUACUUGAGGGAAAGGACUCCAAUCUUCGGAGCAAGAUUUUGGAAUCAGAUGUUACAUUGUAUAUUGAACAGCGUGAAUCAGAGCUGGCUAUGAAGGUUAAUUGUGCUGCUUAUGAUGGAGAUUCUUAUCGAGUGAAACGUUUGAUUAGAGCAGGAGCUGAUCCCAACAAGACGGAUUAUAAUGAAAGAUCACCUUUGCAUAUUGCUGCAUCCAAAGGAUACGAAGAUAUUGUUGUUUUCCUUAUUGAGCAAGGAGUGGGCAUCAACAUUUCAGAUAAGUUUGGAAACACUCCCUUGCUUGAAGCCAUGAAGAAUGGGCACGAUCAAGUAGCUUCUUUACUUGUUAAGGCAGGGGCAGCACUUAAUAUUGAUAAUGCUGGUGAAUUUCUUUGUAUGACUAUUGCGAGGAGGGAUUUGGAUCUUCUAAAAAGGAUUUUGGCUAGUGGCAUUAAUCCAAAUGCCAAAAAUUAUGAUCUCCGAACGCCACUUCACCUUGCUGCCUCAGAAGGGUUAUAUUCAAUGGCAGAAUUACUUCUGGAAGCAGGUUCGAGUGUUUUGUCAAAGGACAGAUGGGGAAAUACUCCACUUGAUGAUGCCUGGAUAGGUGGAAAUAAGAAUUUGAUCAAGCUACUCGAAGUUACGAGAACUUCUCAGUUGUCCGAGUUAUCUGAUUGCUCUCAAGAAAUUCGAGAUGAAAUGCGCAAGAAGACAUGCACAGUGUUCCCCAUUCACCCAUGGGAUCCUAAGGAGGAGAGAAGAGAGGGAGUUGUAUUGUGGGUUCCGCAAAGCAUUGAAGAGCUCAUCAAAGCAGCAAAGGAGCAGUUGAAAUGUUCAAGUGGCACUUGUAUUUUGUCAGAAAAUGGGGGUAAAAUUCAUGACAUAAACAUGGUUGCCAAUGAUCAGAAGUUAUAUCUGGUUUCUGAAUCACAAUGCAGGUAAUUAGGGUGCCUAGAGUGAUUUGAUGUUUCGCAAAACUGGGAAUAAUUUGUCCUACACGUUAAUUAUAUGUACCAGUAAGCUAUUUUCCUGCUUGCUUUC